AUGUUGGAGUUUGUGCUGGAGUACCGGACCACAAUUGACCGAAUUACUGACAAACGCAAACUGGGAUUGGGAGAGUAUGAGCUAGAUGACGAAGAGUGGAUGCUGGCAAAAGAAUUGUGUGAUGUUUUGAAGCACGCAACAAUGUUUUUCUCUUGUUCAAUGCCAAACCUCGCUAUGGUUAUACCAGCGAUGGACCAUAUUGACACCACCUUCACCAACUGCAUCAUCAACAAGGCCCGUCUUCAGCCAGCCAUCCAUACUGCCCUCGGACUUGCAAAAAAAACCCUCAACCACUAUUAUUCACUUACAGACUUGUCAAACAUUUACCGCUGUGCUACAGUUCUCCACCCUCGCCACAAACUCCAAUACUUCAAGCAGGCAGGAUGGCAGCCGGAAUGGAUUACUACAGCCGAGGCUCUAGUUCGCAACCAGUAUACAACAUCUUAUCGAUCUCACAGAAUCCCUCCUGACGGAGCCCUGAAUGAUGGCGACAACUCUGCUAGUGCUCACCAGGUAUGUGAGCACACUCAAAUACUGGUUGCUGACUGA